AUGGCAUACCAGGGUUCAAAAUCUGAAAUAGUUCAGGACGCACCCACCCCACGCGUCGAAGCCACCCAGCAAUCUCAAUCCGCCUCUUCUGAGUCAUCAGAGGGCCCUCCUGCAGGAGAAGAGCAGGCUUUGGAGUCACAUGAGGUCAUUGAACUACAAACUUUUAGCGAGCGGAAGGCAUGGAUCGAGGAGAAAAUCAAGUUCUUGGAAGCUUUGCCGCCCAUAGAGGUCUUUGUUGGCUUAAACGCUAUUCGUGUUUCUGCAGAAGAAGUUCCCGGUCUUCCUUCGCGAGCUGAACUGCUGCAAUGGGUGGCGGAACAUGAUGCAAUUGAAAAGGAAACGGAAAUAUUUGAUACCGGUGAGCUGAAGAAGCUCCGGCAGCUAACAAAAGCUGCUACGCAGCGAAACCUGUCACCGGAAGACACCGAUGUGAUUGAGCUGACACUGACGACUAUCUACGCAUUGGACAAAUUAUUACAUCUCCUUCGUGACCGUUCUGACCACCUCGAGAUGAUGAGCAUCAGGCUCACUUGGGAAGAGAAUCGACAGUCAGGCUGGAAGGAACGGCGUCAAAUCAUUUCAGAUCUGCACACCUUCUCCGUCAAUCGUGCCCGUUGGAACUCUUCGAUAUACGACCUCUCGAAGGGUGAAGAGUCAGCCGGCUUAACACGGCGCGGGUCUAUCGCGUCUCAGGCCUCAGCCAGUUCCGACAACGCCGUUACCUCGCCAGCGUUCUCCAGAAGCGCCCGUUUCAAACUCGCUGAAUUGUUGUCAAGAGAUGCAGCACAGUUCUCUGGGAGGGUGACUGCCCUUAAACAUGGAACAGUAACCGCUGCGGGCAAAGCUCUGGAUAAAUUGAUCGAUCACAGUCGCAGGCCUGUUCCGGAAGAGCUUUUGGAUGAACAGGAUCGGUUCGAGGAGAAAUGCAUUAACGAGCUAGAAACUAUCGGCAAAUUUACCAUGAGCCUUGUUAUGCAAUGGCGAAAAGCGGACGAAAUUUAUGUCGAGACUAUGAAAGAUCACGUAACAGCAUCCAAUCUACUGGAAGAAAUAGAAACGGCCAUGCUAUACCAUCCCACAGCACGUCAAAGCACCUUCUUCAUGUCGCGUAUAGACACUAUUCUUAAGAGAUUGGCGGUGCGAGGCGACCCUGCUUCUCCAGUGAGCCUAUUUCCUCGACCCGAGCACCCUCUAUUCCCCGAUCAAAAAACAUCAAACGAUGAGCUGGUCAAAACGCUCUCUGCUGACCUCGCGGCCGCACAUCAACUCGCGCGCAAGGUGGAACGCGUUGCUAAGGAGUACAAAAUAAGAUACGAGGCUGUCAAGCGGGUUGAAACUCUGCUUGUGUCUGUUCAAGAACUUUCAACGACGUUAACCUCUAUUAACAAGAAGUUUACUGACGGUACAGUGAAUGGCGACGAAGACGGUUCUCCUCCAGAUCUUGUGUCUGAGCGCUCCUUGGAACCAACAAGUCAUUCCCUCUACCUUGCCCUUCUACCAGCACUACUAGAAGAAACUGCACUGGCUGUUGCAGAAGCCGACAAACUUCUAGGAAUCUCACCAUCCGCCCUCUUGGGAUUAGAUCUACCAGGGGUCGACCACGAAUUCAAAGAAAACGCUGCUGCCACCGUCCAGAAAUUGGAUGCUCUCGUCAAAUACACCACAACGGCGCGGGACGCUGUCACACAAAAAGUUGCCUGCUUGCGAGAAUCCAAGAAGAUCGCCUCUAAUAUCACCUCUACAUUAGAAACGCUAGCAUCCAUCAGAUCCGAGAUAAUGUCGUCCAUGGAGCGAGCGCGGUGGCAUCAAGAAUCUAUAGGAAGUAACGGCGCACCUCCAACCCCAGAGAGCCCUGCUUCUGGGUUAUCUUCAUCGAACUUGCUGGAGGCAGAUUUUGAAGCCCAGCUUGGUGCAGUUUCCUCCCGAAUCAAGAACGACAUAAACGGACCGCUUGUUAAAUUAUGCUCAAUGUUAGAACCCUCUAUGCAAAAUCGCUUGAGACAGAAGGCUUCUGUAUUGCAAGGCGGGCUAGAUAGCAGUUAUCAGAUGCUAGCGUUACUGGGCUCCAUGAAGGGGCAGUCCUCAGCGAUGAGUAGCGUUCGGGAUGACUUCCAUCGACUUCUUGUUCGUAUGGAGGACUCGAAGAUCCGCAUUAAUACUGCUAUCGAAGACCUGUUGGCAUCGGAGCCUGGAGCUGGAACUCUUGUAAAUGGUUCAACAAAGAUCGACUCCGAAGAGCUGAAUGCGAUCCAACAGGAGGUCUCCUCAUUUGUGGAUGGAUUACCAAGUCAAGUCCCUUUCGUUGCGCGGACGACAGCUCUCAAGUCACCUCUGUCUCCAUCGCACUUCAGAACAAAGAGCGUUGACUCCGAGAUAGGACCAGAAGCUCCGUUCGAUUUGGCAUCACUCGAUGCUUCGGUGCGGGCCGACUCCAAUUCGUAUGCUAUGCGCCUCAAUGGCGGCCUCCACAAUCUCCUGCUGUCAAAAGCUCAUUUCGAUCUGGCUAUGACGGCGAUGGAAGCCGAUAAUCUUCUAUCUCUCACGGCGAUUGAAACCAACGCCGUUGUCCAAGAGCUCUCCGAACACAAAGUCUCUUUUUCGCAAGCAGUUCGCCGAGCUUCAGAAACCACCACUAAUCUGCGAGGCAUCCUCGCAAGACUGGAGGCUACUCAGUCAAAGCGUCUUCAAAUUGCCCGUUCUCUAUCUCCCAUUCGAGACUUGCUUCGUCACAUGGAUGCCAAUUCGCAGGCUCUUCCGGCAUCUAUCCGGGACAAUUUAUAUUUAUCCAGGAGCAGACUCACCAACGAUGCAGAACUGCAACUCAAGACAUGGCACGACGAGACUGAAAUAUUCAAGAACGAAAUUUCUCUUGCAAUAGCUGAUGAGUGCAAAUAUCAAGAGGAACUUCGGGUGGCAGAGGAGAAGAGGAAGCAAGAAGAAGAGGCCCGAUUGGCAGCUGAAGAGGCUGAGCGUCUUCGGCUAGAACACAAGAGGAUCAAGAACCAGGAGCGGCAACGGUUACUGGAAGAAAAGCUCGCCGAAGAGCAUCGAUUGGAACUAGAGCGCCAACGCAUAGCAGCUGAGCUGGCUGAGAAGGAACGGUUAGAACGGGAGGCUGCAGAAGCUGAGAGGCUUCGUCUCGAGGAAGAGCAACGGAGACUAGAGGUUGCCCGUCUGCAAGCCGAACUGCAGCGUCAGGCAAAAGAAGAUGCAGAGAAGGCCCGUCAAGAGCAGGAAAGGCUUGAGAUGCUCGAAAGGUUGAGCCUUGCUGAGGCUCGAUUACAAGAGGAACGCCAGAUACAUGCGGAAAAUGAACGAAUCGCAUCAGAGUUGGCGAGGAAGCAACAGCUGGAGAUGGAAGAGCUAGCACGGCGUCAGGCCGAGAUGGAACGUCUUGAACAGGAACGUCUUCGUCAAGAAGAGCUCACGAGACUCAGGCUAGAGCAAGAACGGCUGGAGCAGGAGGAGAGGGAGGAGAGGGAGUUGGAGGAGAGACGACAGAGAGAGCAGGAGGAGAGUGAGCGAAUGGCGAGAGAGGCUAGAGAAAAGGAGAGGGAGGAGCAGGAAAUGAGAGAACAACGGGAGAAGGAGAUGAAGCAAAUGACGGAGAAGGAGGCCAGGGAAAAGGAGGAAUUCGUUAAGGCAAAAGCAGAACAGGAGCGAAAGGAGGCGGAGGCGCGGGCGUUAAGAGAACAGGAAGCACGACAGCGGCAGUUGAAGGACCGUGAACGACAACAAGAACAGGUUCAGAAUCUCGGCGAAGAUGUUUUUGGUGUCCAAGCAUCAGUGUCCCGUGUCCCGUUAUCAGAGGAGAUGAAGAAGCUUCAAGCUGAAAUUCUGGCGUUACGGAAGCGGCUACGGUCGAUUUGCAUCAACGAAACGUUACGCCCCACGAAAUCGUCUACGGACUUGCCAACUGCGAAGGAACAAGAAGAGAUGACCCGCUCCUUGUCAAUCGUGUCGACCAAUACGCAAAAACUGCCUGUGAAUGUUGAGGACCUUAAUCUCAAUGCCGAACUCCAUUCAUUGAGAACAGAGGUCAAAGAGUCUUUUGGCCUACUAAAAGAACUUCAAAAGCUUGUCGACUUCCAGAAGGCGAUUCAGGAUUGCGAUGCGGCUCUGAGCGAUCUUUUGGAACAUAUCGACAGUUACCCCGCAAUUCCCCUCGGUGUGCUGUCGUCGACGCAUACAAGUUCACCGACUGCGCUACCGGAGGAACAAAUGGCUGCACGAGUCAGAUUUACUGGCGACCUUGUCGAAGCCGUGGGUUUAAAGUUGAUGGCUGUAUCGAAUGACCGGAGAGCUAUAUCGGAGCAUUCACGUGUCCAACAGACCUGGAGCGAACUACAUGAAAUGGCGACUGAUCGCAUUGGCGGAAAGAAGUCGCGGCCUCCCAGUGUGCUCAGCAGGAACAGUUCUGGUCGCAACAGCAGUGCAUCUACGAAUGCAUCGGCUGCGAAUGGGGCCAAUACCCAUGAAGCACGCAAGGUUGGAUCGUAUUCUCAUUUAUCGGUGUCGUCUGUUCCGAGCCCUGCGAGAGGGAAAAUGCUCGCUCCACCUCUCAAGCCAGAUCCUCGUCGGAGUGCGUCUGGCUCGAGCAAUACCGGCAGCCGUUCAGCAAGUCGAAUGUCAACGUCAACCAACCGUUCAGUCUCCGGACCCCUUUCAUCGUUACACGGCUCGACAUUUGCUUCUAGACAACGGACGACAAGUCUUUCGAAUUCAACUUCUACUGACCAUCUUCGCCCCCCUUCUGCCCGCCGCCCCUCACUGACACCAUCGUCACGCUUCCGACUCGACAGCGGGAGCAAAAGAAGUAGCUCUCCAACCAUGUCAGAACGAUCAACACUUUCCAACUCUCGUUCAGGCAUAGCCUCUCGAACUUCCAUUAAUUCUUCAACGUGGUCUCGAGCCCCGAGAGACUCGUUUUCCUCCAUCCUUCCUCGCGUUAUGACUCCUCAGAAUCGCAAGACCAGCAACCCUCCUCGAAAGAAGUAUGUCGCUGAUCCCAAGAGCAAACUCGACGUGGCUGUCGGUGAUGUCGUCAAUCAACUCCCCGUUGGCAUUAACGUCGAAGGAAUCACUGAAAGCUGGCGGGACCAGAGUGGCAAGUAUUGGAUUGGCAAUCAAGAUCCCAAGCUCUGUUUCUGUCGCAUCCUCCGGUCACAAACGGUCAUGGUUCGUGUUGGUGGCGGUUGGCAGGAGCUGUCGAAGUUCAUCAAGAGUCAUUUCGCAGAAAGCUUCAGGAUCGCGCCAGAGUCACCACCUCGUCUAGGAGAGGAGAAGUGGAUCAGCUCUGCGACUUUGCUGGGAGUACAAGAAUCCGGAAGCUCUCCACCCGCACCCCCAAGGACGCCAGAACCAACCGUCCCCUUCGUCCCCACCUUCUCGUUCAUGUCGCCAGGCGGUCUGAGCCCCCAAUCUCUCAAAUCGGGGUCAUCACCAUCUGCGAAAGGCAGCUCUCCACUAACACCUCUCCAGUUCAUCCGACGCGCCGAACCCGACCUGUCUCUCCUCCGACCACCGACACCCUCUAAGACGCCUGCCCGUAGCCACUUGUCAAAUACCCCCACCCGAGCACCUGCUUGGCGGCCGUGA